UUAGACUAUCACCAAUCAUAAAUCCUUGUGAUAAAGAAUUUUGCGACGUUUUGAAAUUAAGUGUUUCAAUAAUGUCAUUUCGGUCGCGUUCUUCUUCCCCGUCCUCAAUGGUUUUAAUAAAGGCUUUAGAGAAACGUAGGUUACAAGAUAUUGUAGAAAAAAAGCGCGUCAAAGAAGAAAUUAAAGCAAAUGAAACUCCUGAGGAGAAGAGGGCUCGUCGCCUACGAGAAAGAGAAGCGAAGGAGGCACGCCGUCGUGAACGUUUAGGAUGGGAUACAGAAUACCAACAUUACACUGAUCAAGACAAUCCAUUCGGGGAUUCUAAUUUGACCUCUACAUUUGUUUGGACAAAAAAAAUGGAGAAAGAAGGACUGCGUGAUGUAUCUACAGAAACUGUUGAUAUUAUUUCUAGGCAAAAGCUGCUAGAAAACAGACUUGAACUUGGAAAAGUGAAAAAGCGACGUAUGGAACGUGAAUUAGAGAAGCAAGUUCGUGAAGAACAGUCGAUCUUGCAGCAACGAGUAAAAGAAGCAGCGCAGUUUCAAGAAUGGGAAUUGCAGGAAGACCAAUUUCAUUUAGAGCAAGCGAGAUUGAGAAGCAUAAUACGGAUUCAAGACGGUCGGGCAAAACCAAUAGAUUUGUUAGCGCAAUAUUUAUCGGGUUUCAAUCCAGAAGAUACAAACGAAAUACAAAUGCACGAACCAUAUGUACUUUUGAAUGGUCUUAGCCUGAAAGAUCUUGAAGAUUUGUUAGUUGACAUUAAAAUUUAUGUAGAGUUAGAUAAAGGUAAUAAUAUUGAUUUUUGGAAUGACAUGACAGUAAUUGUGGAAGACGAAUUAUUCAAGAUCAAGAAGAGUGCAAAUAAUUUAAUCGAUGAAUCUGGAACUUGCUCUCGUAGGGAAGGAAUACACGAUUGUGUAGCAAAAGAUGUCGCUGAAAUUUUUCGAAAGAAAAAUACAAAACAGCUAAAUGAGUUACGUUCCAAAAUUGAAAACAAAAUCUGUUCUAGAGCAGACGGCGUGGACAUUAGUUAUUGGGAAAGUCUUCUUUCUCAAUUAAAAGCACACAUGGCGCGAGCACGCUUACGAGACAAGCAUCAAGAAAACUUACGUCAAAAACUUAAUAUUUUAAAAACCAAAUCUGACUCUAAUGAACACUCUGAUAUUGCUUCCACAUCUAAUAUUAAUGAGGACGCAAGCUCUACAUCUUUUGAAGAUAUUAAUACCGAUGGUAACGAGACCAAAAAUGAUAUAAAUCUGUUGCAACAGUUCUUCGACCUAUAUGAAACCGGCCGAUAUAGCCCAAAUUACAUUCAAAUGUUAGAUGAUGAAAAUAUUUUACCCGUUCUUACAGAAGAAGAAAGCUUUAGUGCAAUUGGAUUAUUACGUACCGAAGCACUAAAUAGUAGACCGAACAAAGAAUUAUUUACAGCAGAAGAAAGUAAUAUGUGUAAUGCAAUGAAGAAAGACAUGGGAAAAGAUGAAGCUGAAUUUUCAGUCGAAGUCCCAUUGGAGGCAGUUCAAAUAGCAUCUGAUAAGUACAGACCUCGAAAACCCCGGUAUUUCAAUCGUGUGCACACUGGAUUCGAAUGGAAUAAAUAUAAUCAGACUCAUUAUGAUAUGGACAACCCCCCACCGAAAAUUGUUCAAGGAUAUAAAUUUAAUAUAUUUUAUCCUGAUUUAAUCGACAAAAAUACAACUCCUCAAUAUUUUUUGAACCAAUGUGAAGACAAUCCCGAUUUUGCAGUACUCCGUUUUCAUGCAGGACCACCGUAUGAAGAUAUAGCAUUCAAAAUAGUACAUCGUGAAUGGGAAUUCAGCUACAAACGUGGUUUCCGGUGUCAGUUUCACAAUAAUAUCUUUCAACUAUGGUUUCAUUUCAAAAGAUACCGAUAUCGCAGAUAAAAUGUUGUUUUGGUUUGGCUUUAAAAUUGCAUCCCAAUAUAAUUGCAUAUUGUAUCUAAACGCGUGGAACGAUUUAAUUAGGUUAUGAUAGUUUUUAUAGCCCAUGAAUUGAACUUUUUUUCUUAUUUUAUUUUAUAUAUUUAUGUGCUGUAGUUUCUCUACAAUGUACUCCACUAUUGGUACUUCUUUCAAUCAUAAAAUUUAAUAAAUCUUUGUUAUUCAGAAAUAAAUGUUUAAAUAUGCACGUAUUUUAUCCU